AUGUGGUCUAAAAUAGGAUUUUUUCUUAUAUUUUAUUAUUUUCAUCCCGGGGACUCUCAAGAUGCCGUUACUAAAAGCUCACAAACUGUUGAAGAGGAAGAGAGGUUAAGCGAAUUUAUCGCAAACGCAAUCGAUUCAUUUCAAGAAGCCAGAUCCCGUGGGCCUUCCCGGGGCGAAGAUACCCGACCCAUACCAUGUUCCAGAAAUAAAGAAGAGCCUUCCUCUUGGAGGGUCCAUAGUCUUUAA